AGCGGUCUGUCGGGGUUCGCCAUGGUCGAGGCGUCUCACCGAUACAGAGGCGGGCCUUCGAAACAUAAGCUGCAUUACAGAAAAGAAGUAGAAAUUAGAACCACACUUCAGGAGUUGUUACUCUACUUAAUUUUUCUAAUAAACCUCUGUAUAUUGACUUUUGGGAUGGUAAAUACACAUAUGUAUUACUUUAACAAAGUUAUAUCAUCUCUGUUUUUGGAUACUUCCGUCCCUGGUGAUGAAAGAACCAACUUUAAGUCUAUUUGCAGCAUAACUGAUUUUUGGAAGUUUAUGGAAGGACCCCUUUUGGAAGGUUUGUACUGGGAUUCAUGGUACAAUAACCAAAAGCUGUAUAAUUUAAGAAACAGCAGUCGAAUCCACUAUGAGAACAUUCUUCUUGGAGUCCCCAGAGUUCGGCAGCUAAAAGUUCGCAAUAAUACAUGCAAGGUCCAUUCAUCCUUUCAGGCUCUGAUGAGUGAAUGUUAUGGCAAGUAUACUUCUGAAAAUGAAGACUUGUCUGAUUUUGGCAUCAAAAGUGGUACUGAUUGGACACACUCUACUUCUAACACCAACUCGCCUUGGCACUGGGGAUUCGUUGGUGUUUACCAAAAUGGGGGAUAUAUUUUCACCUUAUCAAAAUCAAAAUCUGAAACCAAAAACAAGUUCACUGACCUUCGACUGAACAGCUGGAUCACAAGAGGGACCAGGGUUAUAUUUAUUGACUUUUCAUUAUACAAUGCUAAUGUAAAUCUGUUUUGCAUCGUUAGAUUCUGUAAAGUCUCAAGAGGAACAGGUUUAAUUCUUGCCACAUACUUGUCCUCUAAACAGGAGAUUCAAAGAGCUGAGCCAAUGAAAAAAUGGAAAGAGAAGCUUGAGAAAAGGUAUUAUUCUACAGAACUGCAGGAUGACUACCAGCCUGUCACUCAACAAGAAUUCCACAAACUCUUUUUAUAUGUUGUGGCAGUGGAGAAGGAAUUAGAAUACAUCAGUUUAAAACUAAACCGAGUGAUGAGAAAGUGUUCAGCUCUACAACACUAAGACAAGUGGAGGUAAGGAUGUGAAGCAGCAAUCAUGGAACAUGUCCAACAAAGAACUAUUCAUGUAUUACCUAAACUUAUUUCAGACUCAACUUUAAAAGCAUUAAACAAGCCAGGCAUGGUGGUUUAAUGACUGUAAUACCAGCACUUCAGAGGCUAAAGCAGGAGGUCU